AUGGACACAUCUUCAAAAUCGUGGCUGCCGCAUCAGAGUCAGUUUGGGUUGGUUGGUCAAGCGGAGGUUUGCUGUGGCGGACCUGGAGUUUUAACCCCAAACCAAUCUCGCAGGGCAAGUUUUGCCUCUGUAAGACAGUCGAGCAUGGAGACGCCUCCCAAUGCCACCCCGCAGCCCUUCAGACAGCCGAGUUUUCUUAAUCGGAGGCUGAAGGGCUCCAUCAAGAGGGCCAAAAGUCAACCCAAACUGGACCGGACCAGCAGCUUCAGACAAAUGAUUUUACCCCGGUUUCGAAGUGCGGACCAAGAGAGGACACGAUUGAUGCAGAGCUUCAAAGAAUCCCACUCCCAUGAAUCCCUACUUUCUCCUAGCAGUGCUGCGGAGGCUUUGGACUUAGUUUUGGACGAAGAUGCCAUAAUCAAACCUGUCCACUCAAGCAUUUUAGGACAAGAGUACUGCUUUGAGGUGACCACCAAUUCAGGGACAAAAUGUUUUGCCUGUCGUUCAGCUUCAGAGAGAGACAAGUGGAUUGAAAAUCUGCAGCGAGCUGUCAAACCGAACAAGGACUCCUCGUUUCAAUUCCAGGACAACAGCAGACGGGUGGAUAAUGUGCUCAAGUUGUGGAUCAUUGAAGCUCGAGACCUCCCGGCUAAGAAGCGCUACUAUUGCGAGCUGUGUCUGGAUGACAUGCUGUACGCACGCACCACCAGCAAACCCCGGACCGACACCGUCUUCUGGGGCGAGCAUUUUGAGUUCAACAAUUUGCCUACCAUUCGUAGCCUUCGUUUUCACCUCUACAAGGAAACUGACAAAAAAAGACGCAAGGAGAAAAGCACAUAUCUCGGCCUUGUCAGCAUCCCCAUCUCCAGCAUCACGGGCAGGCAGUUUGUGGAGCAGUGGUACCCGGUCAUACAGUCCAGUGUCUUGGCCAAAAGCGGUGGAGUUGGAAGUACCAAAGUGAUCAACGCCUCAAUACGUGUCAAGUCUCGCUACCAGACAAUGAACAUCCUCCCGAUGGAGCUGUACAAGGAGUUUGCCGAGUACAUCACCAACAACUACCGAACACUGUGUGCCGUCCUGGAGCCACUGCUGAGCGUGAAGAGCAAAGAGGAGGUGGCGUUCUCUCUGGUGCACAUCCUGCAAAGCACAGGAAAGACAAAGGAGUUCCUGUCUGACAUGGCCAUGUGUGAGGUGGAUCGAUUCAUGGACAGAGAGCACUUGAUUUUUCGAGAGAACACGCUAGCUACGAAGGCUGUGGAAGAGUACCUCAAACUGAUAGGUCACAGAUACCUCAAAGAUGCUAUAGGUGACUUUAUCCGAGCCUUAUACGAGUCUGAGGAGAACUGUGAGGUGGAUCCCAUGCGCGUCCCGCCAUCUGUCCUCGCUGACCAUCAAGCCAACCUUCGAAUGUGCUCUGAGCUGUUACUCUGCAAGAUCGUCAACUCCCUCUGCAUAUUUCCCAGAGAGCUGAAGGAAGUUUUUGCUUCUUGGAGAGCCCGAUGUGCUGAGCGUGGUAGAGAGGAUCUGGCAGACAGCCUCAUCAGCUCCUCCCUGUUUCUUCGCUUCAUGUGCCCAGCCAUCAUGUCCCCCUCCCUGUUCAACCUAAUGCAGGAGUAUCCCGCUGAGCGCACGUCCCGCACACUCACACUCAUAGCCAAGGUGAUGCAGAACCUGGCCAGCUUCAGCAAAUUUGGACCCAAGGAGGAAUACAUGUAUUUCAUGAAUGAGUUCCUGGAGAUGGAGUGGGACUCCAUGCAGCAAUUUCUCUACGAGAUUUCAAACAUGGAGGCUGGAGGAAACGCUGGAGGGUUUGAGGGCUACAUUGACCUCGGCAGAGAAUUGUCCAUGCUCCACAGCUUACUUUGGGAAGUCAUGGGCCAGCUUAGCAAGGAUGCUAUUCUCAAACUCGGACCCCUACCCCGGCUGCUGAAUGACAUCAGCGUCGCCCUGAGGAACCCGCAGCUCCACAUGCCUACAAAUCACCAGCCGGACCGACCGAAGGACAGACUCUUCUCCCGGCCGUCUUUCAAUCGUCUCAUGUCCUCUGACUUCCAAAGCCUUAUGAUGCGUGACUUAAACAGUUCAAUAGACAUUUCUCGCCUGCCCUCCCCUACGACUGGAGUCUCAGCUGUAGAGUCCCUCUCGUCUAAUCUGAACAUGAGACGCCAUGCCGAACGAGACCUCCGCUCGUCGAGGGAAGUGUUCUAUGUGACCCGCCCACCACUGGCUAGAUCCAGCCCCGCCUACUGCACCAGCAGCUCGGAUAUCACUGAACCGGACCCAAAGAUCCAUAGUGUAAAUAAAAGUGUGUCCAUGAUGGACCUCCAGGACUCCCGUAUGAACAGCAUUUCCAACCUCAACUCUGUGGGAGACAUGCUCACCUCCUCUCAAGCCUCCAUCGCCGGCCUGGGCCACAGCUUCGGGAACCUCUGUGGUCCAAUCCGGAUGGGUGGGCAUCUGCCGGCGGGCUCCGCGGGCUCUGCACUGAGGCUAAGCCAGAUGGGCCACAUAGGCGGGCCCACCGAAUCAAUCUCCCAACAGCAGCAGCAGGCAGCAGCGGCCAUGCACUUCCCCCUGUCUUUCCAGAAUCCGCUAUUCCAUCUGGCCGCCCAGAACUCCCCGGCUCAGGCUCAGCCUCACCCCCCUCCCCUCCUCCUCGCCCCAGAACCCGAGAACGGUCACCACGACUAUGCACCGGCUUUUGGCAACAGUGCUUUCUCCCGCAGCGAGGACUUGUCCGCCCUGCGGUCACAGAGCAGUCUGGUGCAGCCCAGCAUAGUCCACUCACACAGCUACAGCGAUGAUUUCACCCGGCAGAAUCAGAGCAACGACUACGCCUGGCACCAGCUGUCACUGCAGGUGCAGGAGUCUCUCCAGCAGCAGCACCUGAUGGGAUCUAUUGUAUCUCAGACACCCACAGGGACGGGUACCCCCGCCUCCCUGGCCACACCACCCACCACAGUUCACCCUGUCCGCCAGUCAUCCAUGGCUCCGCCACAACACCUCAAGUCCCAGCGGUCAAUUAACACUCCAGUCACGGCCACACCCCCAAAAGUUCGCCCGCAAAGCAGGAACCUCCUUCUCGACUCUUCAGAAAGCAACUUCACCGGCAGUGGGCCAAAAUUGCGCCAUCCGCGGCAGCAACAUCAGCAGCAGCAACAUCAGCAGCAAAAUGAGCAUCAACAGCAGCUACAUCAACAGCAGCAACAACAACUUCAACAGCAGCAACAACAACAGCAGCAACUUCAACAGCAACAACUACAACAGCAACAACUACAACAGCAACAACUGCAACAGCAACAACUACAGCAGCAACAACUACAUCAGCAGCAGCAACAGCAGCAGCAGCAGCAGCAGCAACAGGAAUCACUGACUGACAGUCCUGCUCCCGGACUGCCCUACCAGAAUAGCUCUGCCAAAGAGAACCAGGGCCAGCAGGCAGCUGCAGAGGAAUCAACAGACACUCCCACAAAAACCACCAAGAAGUCGCAACAGACACAACUGCAGCCGCCACAGCCGCAUCUGCUCAAACCAGGCAAUAAACAGGGUUCUCAGUCUACUUUGACCACAACGGGCCUCAAUGAACGGACAGUGGCCUGGGUGUCCAACAUGCCACAUCUCUCGGCUGACAUUGAGAGCUUGCGGCCGGACCGUGAGGGUCAGCUGAAAGAGUACUCCAAGAGCAUGGACGAGUCCCGACUAGAGAGGGUAAAAGAGUAUGAAGAAGAGAUUCAUUCCUUAAAGGAGCGUCUCAAGAUGUCUCAUCGCAAACUUGAAGAAUAUGAGCAGAGACUUGUGUCGCAGGAACAGCAGACAAGCAAGAUUCUAAUGCAGUACCAGAACCGCCUGGACGACAGUGAGCGGCGUCUAAAACAGCAGCAAGUGGAGAAGGACUCUCAAAUCAAAGGCAUCAUCAACAGACUCAUGGCUGUGGAAGAUGAGCUGAGAGUGGGUGCCAUUCCUGAUAUUAAGCCUCGAAUCCUCACUGACCAGGGUUAUGGCCAUCCAGGAUCCUGACUGUCAAUACCAAAGUGACCAGAGUUCAUGAUGGUCACUCGCGUGUAAGAAGACACAUUCUACAGAAACCCUUGAAGAGAAGCCCUGCAGUGGAUCCCGCAGGACCACUGGAGGCUUCAUCUCACAACGUUCUUAAAAAACUUUGCACAUAUUCAAACUUUGCCUGUACCAGAACUUGACAAUCAGUUUAGCAAGAGAACCAACGUGUGCAGUGAGUCGUCUGCACAUUUUGACCGAAAGAUAAGCCAAUGCCACACCAAUGGCAAUACUGAACCUAAUGAGUCUAUUUAUUUAAACCGGAGAGUGAGAAGAAUUGUGUAACAAUCUGGGAAGGAAGAUGGAUUUAUGAUUUUCCCCUCUACAAACAGCACACUCACUUCUCACUUAAGUGGCUGCAGACAAAAUGUAAAAAGGCUUUAAGAAGCACAAUAUCCCCUAAUGGUGACGACAAGCAUGAAGUUAAAUCAGUUUCAUCUAUAUUCCUCGGAUGCUGGGCCAAACAAAGAUCAAUAUUACUAUUUGAUUAUGAUGAAAUCAUUUAGUAACAUUUUCUCGCUGCAAAGGUGGUUAUCAUUAUGAUUUUCGCACCAUUUUUGCAUCCUUUAUACUACAGCCAUCCCAUGUGAAUAGAUGCAAAACAAAACUUACAAUCAAUGAACUGCUUUAAAUACAAUCUAGACCUGAUGUUGGUUACAUUUUCCUUCGGUACACAGUGUAAAGCCUGAACUUUCAGUGUAUAGAAAACGUAUUUCUUAAAGUUAUUAAACUUUAUAAAAAUUGAAACAUUUACAUAAUCUGACAUUAUAAUGUGUUCUGUUCACUUUGUAUUAAUAAUAUUAAUCAGAAUAAAAAUAUAUAUAUAUAUGACAUUUCGAAACAAUGAUACAAAGUGCUUCAUAAAACACCUGACAUGAGGGAAAACCAUGUGAAAAUGUAGGAAAAUAUUCAAUCCAUGAUCUAAGGGCCUUUGCAUUUCUACUUGGUAUGCAAUGCAAUGCUAUGAACAGGCGUCCUUUUUUUCUAAAUGGAAGACUUGCUUGCUACUUCCACUUAUGGUAUAGGGCUGGGUAUUGUUUAAAACAUGAGUACCCUUACAGUAAUACUGAUACCAAUAGAACACUAAAUUUGAUACCUUUUUUAUACUUCAUUCGAUACCAACAUGUGAAUGGAAACGUUCAGUUACGUUAAAAAGCAUUCCAUUCCUUCUUUUUACACAAACACAUUUUCAUUAAGUUCAACAGUGAUUCAUGUGUUUUUUUUAGAAUAUAAUUUAUAUUCCCAGUUUUUUCUUUCAUAAUAAAGACAUGUGCAUUUCAGGGCGCUUUACUGCCAACUCAGUAAAAUACUCCGCUCGACUUCAACACACCACAGACUGGACGGGUACUAGCUAUUGCAGUGGCCAGCCAAUCACAAUUCAUAUUUACUUGAAGCCUUGUGGUGCAAACACAUAUUUUUAACAAAAAGGAUCAAAUGCAGGCAACCCUAAAAGAUGUUGAGAACAAUACCCAGCCCUAUUUAAAAAUGUUCAUGAUAAUAUAGUCACAUUGUAUGAAGGUAGUCACAGCUGUUAGGGACCCAAUCACAUUAGGGACUCAACCCUAAAGCUGUGUUGUCACCAAUCCGAUAAUGUGCAUCAAACCUCGCAUUCACAUGUUUUUCUUUAUUCAGAUAAGAAAUCCAGAUUCAGAUGGCAGGUUAAUUCAGUUGUAAAUGGGGGUCUGGAUAUGUCAGCCUCAGCUGCUUUAAUUAUUUGUAUAAUCUUUAAUUGAAGUGCAAUACUAAAUCCAUGGAGUGCCCCCUCCUCCUUUUAGGGAACACAAACUACACUUCAUCUGUUUAACAUGGUCUUUAAGAAAUGUGAUGUUAUGAGAAAUAUCUGAAAGAUUAUAGUGACAGCUCAUCUUUAGUUGACAGCUCCAAAUGAAUGUUUGUCUCAUGGACCGUUGCAUCUGAGAGACAAUAUGGGUCUAAAGCCUAAACUAACCAAGCGUCAAAAGUAAUAAGUCAGCCUGAAAAAUUGAUAAAGUCAUGGCCUUCAUUUCUGCCAUUUUCAUGAUUUGUUUUACAGCACUUUGUAACAUUGGUUUGAAAAGUGCUGUAGAAAUACAUUUUUUAAAUUACUAUGAUUAUAAACAUUACGUGCAACUGGAAACAAAUCAUAUUAUAGCAAGUAGUGAAUUACUCAUCUGUUGUGUUUAAUGUUCUAAAGCAUAGAUGUGCAACAGUUCUGCAUGUGCUUUUUAAAUGCAAGGACGAGUAAGAUGAUUUGUUGUCAGAUAUUAUUCUAAUGUACAAAAAAAAUUUGACAUGGCUUUCUUAUUGGAAGGCAACCUUUUUUAUCCAGCCUGCUAACUCUUCUGUUUUUUUCAGAAGAGGGUGGCAUUCAGCCUUUUGCAUUAUACAACAUGAAAGUACUAAGAGUAAUGACACGAAAACAAAAAGCAAAGCGACAGUGAAAACAACAGAACAAUAAAGAGUUUCCACGCAGGGAUAUGUAGUAUAUGUGCAUAGGAUUUGACUGCCUUACAGUCUGUGCCACAGGGCCAAAAAUAACAAUGCCAAUACAAAAAAAACGUGUAAACUUUGUAUAUUAAAUGUCCUUUUUUGUAGUCAGGUGAUGAAUUAAUAAGCAGUGUGUUGGUUUACUCUGUAUGUUCAGAAUAAUUUAUAUUAUACAUUCAUGGAUUGAUAUAAUUUAUCUUAACCUCUUGCCUUUAAAAGACAUUUUCUUUCAAGAUAAAUAGCAUAUGAUACAAAGUUAUAUGUUUAGGUUACCAGAAAUGUAUAAAAUAGCUUAAUGUAUAUCUAUUCUUAUAUGUAAAAUGUAUUCAAAUCAAGGGUAGGCCUUCAGGCAUGUUGAACUUGUGGUAAAAACAAAUGAUUAUAUUAUAAACUCUUAAUGCUGCAAUCCUGAAACUACAGCGCUAUGGUGUGACUGCGUUCAUGGGAUGAGAGCUAAAUAAUUUCUUAGCAUAGCACAUUUUUGUCCUGUGGAAUAAUAAGACAAAUCCUUAAAGUAUCUUGCCUAUGUUUAGGAAAUUAGCAGUGGUGCUUUCAACAAUACUGGGUUGCAGUUUUAAGUAAUCUUUAAACAAAUGCAUUUUAUUUAUUUGGCCUGCAUUGCAAUACAGUAUUUUGAAAUGUUAUACUGCACUUCUGUUUGCAUUUUAUGAGAAGCUGCAAUCAUAAUCUGAGAGAUGUUUAUAAAGACAUACAAAUCUAUAAUAUGCCCAUGUAUUCUUAUCUUUGUGUUAGCUGCAGUGGUACAGUGUGCUACCUCUGAAAUCUUUAUACCACAAUCUGAGAGGAUGCUUUAUUCCAUGUGGCUAAUAAAACUUAGUUUAUUUAAGAGACAGUGCUAACAGAAACUUUAAAGUUUAUUUGCUGGUUGCUCGUUUAUUUAGGAUUUACUAUAUAUAAUGUUUGUCAUCACAGAGCCAUUUCUAAAGUUUGUCCUUACUAUUGUAUUUAAGUGCCGUUGCCAUUACAUUCAUACACAUUUGCUUUUAAAAAGAGGAUGAGAUUAAUCAUGUUCCUGGUAUUUGUCUGACUCUCAGGUGUUACAAGGAACAAACAUAUUGCCAACAAGAACUUUGUAUAUGUGAAAUGCCAAAUGCACAAUAGUAUUGAGACACAAUCUUUGACAAGUGAUCAUUAAAUCAAAACACAAUUAAAAAAGAACAUGAAAUAAGGGGUCUGUGCUGAGGUAACAAUUAUGCUUUUAUUUAGCUUGGUUCCCGGCCCACAUCUCAUCCAUAUAAAUAGUUGAUUUUACACCUUCCCUUGUAUUAUUUGUUACAUAAAAAGGGAACACAAGUUUGGUUUCUUGGCCCAAAUGAAAAAUGCGACAAAUGCUCCAGUGUUAUGAAGAUUGGUGAGGAAUAUUAUAGAAGUUACUGUCGAAGAAGUGCUUUAUGUUUACAAAUCAUGAAAUUUUAGAGGAUGACUGAACCUUUGUUGACCCAGAGGAAAAUAACUGCUGCUCCGCUGCAGCUAAAGCAGGACCUAAUAAAUGAAAUGAGAUAUCUUGUAUAUUUUGAACAAGGGUAUUUAACAGCUAACAUAUUUAUGUUUCUAAAAUGGAUGUAUAUCAUUAUGGAAUGAAACAAAGUAUUUUUCUUGGCAGCUAUUAUUCUGCACAAUUGAUCUACUGUGUCACAAAUAUAGUUAGUGGGAUUUCUGACUUGAAUUGGGCCUACUGGAUGUAAUACCUUAAUUUACUUGACAUUUCUUUUGAAAUAAGCCAUGCCCCAUGGAUAAGCCAUACCCUCCCGCCCCCUGAUGUUGUAUGGUGGAUGUUUAAUGUUGGUAGUUUUAUUUAUGAUGGUAGUUAUUGUAUGUAUGAUUGCGCUUGUAAUUAUUAUUAUUAGUGUAAGUAUAUUUGAUUGAUAUGAUUUGUUUUGUUUGAACAAAGGGAAUGUAUUCAUUUUUCAGGUGAUUUUUCCGAGUGAUUUAAAUAAACUAAUA